CUUUCACCCAAAUGUCAUCGCAAACCCUUUGCUACACAAUGUAAGAUUCCCGUUCGUCAAACUCUUCAUCUUUGCAUCACCAGCCUGUGGGCUUUAUUAAAAACUGUUAAAUUCCCACGCUUCUAAAUGGCUCAAUCUCGACCAAGUCCGGAAAAUGUCUUAAGGGAAGUGCGACAAAGCUUGGAAACCUUAAGUUAUCAGUUACAAUCGGAACUAAUUACAAAUCCCCGGGAUCAAGAAAAGCACAAGACAAAAAUGAAACUGGCACUAAUUGAUUUAGAAGCAAUGGAUAGGAGACUGCUUGAAACUUGCAAUUCAUUAAUGGAGGAGGAACAAGAUGACCUGGAGUCAAACUUUGGAGUUAGCUUAAAGCUGGAAAUGGCACAGAGCGCACUGUCCAUGCUCAAAGAAAAACACAGCAGCCUUCGGAAGGAGUGGUACAGCCAAGACGAACAUUUGCGUAAACUGACCAAGAAGAUAUGCGACACAGAGAAGCAGUUCAAGUCUCAAAGGAUAGCGUGUGCGACACAAGGAUUGCUCUUUAGUAAAGUUCUGUGGAAGUUCUCUAAGAGCAACAAUCUGUUGGAAAUAAUUGUAUCGCAUGAAAACUUAGUGCUCGAUUUACUCAAAAUUUAUACCAGCACCCUAUGUGGGUUCACUAACGAAUCUAUGAAUACCUCCUCGGAUGACUAUCAGUAUUUGCUUAGCCUCACCGGAAUCAUCAACAAUUUUGCAACAAUUCCCGAUGGAAGAUUCUUCUUAAUCAAUCAACCGAUAUGUCAAAACGCUAUUAACCAGGUGAUCAAAAGUAUUCCUCAGAUUCAAUCUCCGCUAGGUGAAGAUCUAAAGUUUCUUCUACUUACACUGCUGUACAACAUAAUGAUCUGCAAAGAAGGUGAAGAAGUUAUCCGUAACGAUUGUUGUUUAAAUUACAGUUUAACGAGUUGCAUAUCUCCCCCUCAGUCGGCUCGACUCACGAUAUUAGCAAUGAAAAUUAUGAAAGGUGCAGAGAAACGGUAUUGUCCUGUUGAAGCGAUUACAAAGUUGCGUAGUGGAUCACCGACAGAGUCUAGAAAGGAUGAAGCGAAACUUAAGAAGGACUGUUGUGCAAAAGAUGGAGUGGUGAGAAAGAUCAGUAGAAUGAGACCUACAGAGGGUGCAUACCCCAAUAAUAUUUUGGCAUACUAUCUACUUACUAAUACAUAUUUUCCUUGUGCACCCAGUAACAAUAAUCAUGCAACACUAACUGAAGCAAGUUCAUCCAGAAGCGAAACCCGUGCAUGCGAAAUGUCAGAUUUGCAACCCCGGCGAAUCGUGAAUGAGAGCAAGUCAACAUCCAUGAGUCGCGUUUUAGUAAACUUGCGAGAAAUUGGUCAAGGCAUCAGUGAUGAAAUACACUCGAUGCGAUAUCAACUUCCCAAUUCAAAUUUGGGUAGAACCUUUUCGAUAACCAUUGGCGACAACCUUCAAAUCUCCAUACCAGCUGGUAAUCUCACUAAGUUAUCGGGUGGGUGCUGUUUUGGUGAUGAUAUCAAAAAUACGUCCAUUGUGACGGUGUACAGGAAAGACGAUGGUCAGUUAAAUACGUUUUCAGACAAUACAAUUUUGCCAUUCGUCACAGUCACCUGCAAUGACGCUUCUACGGCCAUUGAUGAGUCCAAAGCUGCGACGGAAGUCAUAGACGUGGGUCAAUUUAAAACGGAUAUAGGCGAUGAAGAUGUUCAGUCGACGUCAAUCCGUGGCCCAACCUUUAACCGAAAGAAGUUACAUAAGAAGAAACGGGUUCGUAAAUUGAUUGCCAAGACGUCUUAUUUCAAAAGAAAGCGAUCUUUUAAGAGAACGAGUAAGAGCACGCGGGGGAGGUCGAGUUGUAUUAAUUCAGACGCUAGCGGACGUUAAAAAACAACGAAAACAUGGUGGAUUUUGGAUUACUUGACCAAGAUCUGGGUUCUCCACUAAAAUAUAAAAAUGCGCAAUAACACAAUACAGGUACAGUGUCUGCUAAAAUUUGUGAUAUAUAGGAGAAUUGUAAAAAAUACGUGUUUGUGACUAUGAAUACCUAUGUGUGCUUAAAAUAAUUUAUUUUCUGCAAGGGUGCACAAUUUAGUUUCAAAGGGAAUACAUAAUAUGCAUAACGUGGUGGAUUUAGUAUAUGCGGGUGUUUUUAUCAAAAUAUCACAAUACCAUUGUCUCGUUUCUUUUGACACAUUUGUCUUGGCAACUUACCUUUGUGAU